UGAAAGGUCAGUCGCACAAUCCCCGUGAAAAGCAUUCUGGGAUACAAUAUGUAAACAUAAGCCUCAAACCUGUCAGAGGAGAUACCAAUGCAUUUUAUACAUAAUGCAAUUUUGAGCAAGCUUCUUUUUGUAUGACUUUGCCUUUUAAUACAAACGGGGGGCCCUCGACUUCGUGAUUUAUCGGGAUGUGACUCUGCUUUCAACAAGCGACAGUACUUCUGUGCAAGUGUCAGAAUGCUAGCAGCUAGUUAGCUCGCUGCUGGCUCACAUUCAUGCGCUCAUCAUAGUUGUAUAACAUUUCACCGGAUUCGACCGUUCUUCUUUGUUACUGGCAGCCCAGACUCCUCGUCCUACUGUGAAGGAUGGGUGUGAAAACCUUCACUCACAACUCCCCCAGCCACAGCCAGGAGCUUUUGGAUAAGCUUAACACCCUGCGCAGUGAGGGCCACUUCUGUGACGUUACCAUUCGUGUACAGGGCCAGCUGUUCUCAGCCCACAAAGUAGUACUAGCCUGCUGUAGUGACUUCCUUCGAGCGAAGCUGUCUGGGAAGCCGGCUGAAGAAGACACUGUGAUUGUAGGUGAAGAUAAACAUGUGCUGGAUCUUCAACACGUGACUGUCGCUGGUUUCGCCCCUCUUUUGGAAUACGCCUACACAUCCACCCUGUCCAUUAGUACGGAGAAUAUCAUCGAUGUACUCGCGGCGGCUAGCUACAUGCAGAUGUUUGCGGUAGCCAACACUUGCUCUGAGUUCAUGAAGUCCAGUAUCCUGUGGAACUCUGCAUCCUCGGGAGCAGGAGGCCCUGGUAGUACCCUGCCCCCUGGUUUACACAGGCCCCAAGAGCCACCUGAAGGCCAUGCGAGCUGCACCCUCGCCCCUGUAGAUGCCCUCUCACCGUCUCCGGUCUCAUCCGAGUGCAGCGUACCGGAGCGGCCCAUCCCUGUGUGCCGCGAAUCUAGGCGCAAGCGCAAAGGCUUUGCGAGCCCGCAACCAGCAUCCUCUACCUCUCCACAAGUCCCCAACCCCUCUCCCUCCUCUUCCUCCUUCCCUGAGAGUUCAGCGCAGGCUCUGGAACCAUCUCUGGCCUUCUCCUGGACAUACCCCUUUGGUGUGGACCGGCGGUUUACGCCAGAGAAGUCAAAACUACCUGAAGGUCUCCUGGAAGCAUCCGGAGCGUCGGGGCAGGACUCUAGUGGACGGGCACUGGUGGAGUAUCUCGCCUGCGAGGGCCCGCGCAGCCUGGGGGUUGGGGGUGCGGCAGGGGUAGAGGAGGAGGAAGAAGAUGAUGUGCAGGUGAAGGUGGAGAGGCUGAGUGAUGAAGAAGUGCAUGAAGAGGCUUCUCAGCCGGUCAGUGCUCCACACAGUUCUCUGAGUGACCAGCAGACGGUUCCUGGCAAUGAACACACCCAAGAAGAUCUACUCAUCAGCCCCCAGUCCUCAUCCAUUGGCUCCAUGGAUGAGGGGGUGACGGAGGGUCUACAGUCAAUGCAGGGCACUCCAAACACUACUGGUCACAUGGAGGAGGAUGAGAGGUUGGAGAAUGUCCAGUACCCAUACCACCUGUACAUCAGUCCCUCCACCCGCCCAGGACUCAACGGUCCUGAACGGCCCUUCCAGUGUCCUACAUGUGGCGUCCGCUUUACUCGAAUACAGAAUCUCAAACAGCACAUGCUCAUCCACUCUGGUAUUAAGCCAUUCCAGUGUGACCGCUGCGGGAAAAAGUUUACGCGGGCUUACUCCCUGAAGAUGCACCGGCUGAAGCACGAAGGUAAACGCUGUUUCCGGUGCCAGAUCUGUAGCGCCACUUUCACUUCCUUCGGUGAAUAUAAGCACCACAUGAGGGUGUCUCGCCACAUCAUCCGCAAGCCUCGGAUUUACGAGUGCAAAACGUGCGGCGCCAUGUUUACCAACUCCGGCAAUUUAAUCGUACACCUGAGGAGUCUCAACCAUGAGGCGUCAGAACUAGCAAACUACUUCCAGACCAGUGAGUUCCUCCUCCCAGACUACCUGAGUCACAUGCAAGAGGAAGAGGGUCUGGGACACUUUGAGAUGAGUGAGCACACCUUUGAAGCUUCUUCCUCCUCUUCCUCAGUCCAAACACCAGUUAUCUCUCAAGUUUCCUCUACCAUGAACUAUGACACCCACACUUCUGCACCUCCUUCCCAAACCCCAAACCCCAGAUCCGGGCAGGAAGGGGAGGGCACACCAGGGGACCAUCCCAAGUCCACCGCUGCUGUUACCUCUCUACAAGACCCAGAGGAAGAUGAGGGAGAGAAGGAGAGAGGGGGGAGAAAGAAGAAAAGACUUGUGUCAAUUACAAUUGAGUGAAAACGUUCCAUGUAAACAUGUAUAAUAACAGUCCUGUUGCACACUCAGUACUUCUGUUGUUGAUGUCUCGUUACAGCUUACAAAUCUGAUGUGUUCCAUUAUCAAAAAGUAUAAUGCCUUUUGAUAUUUGUUCAUUCUGAUUUGUUGGGGUUACUUUAAAAUUCAAGUCAAGUCACCUUUAUUUAUAUAGCGCUUCAUACUGAUUGUUUCAAA